GUUCUUAACGUACAUUCGCUUUUAGCCGGAAAUUCAGUUCAUUGCCAUUAACCGAGAUGCAUCUUCCCUACGUUGCAGUAUUUUUCGUCCCCAUACUUUGUAGUAUCGUAAUGGUUACAUCUAUGGACAAUACUGAAAGAAAAUUGAGACAAGAGCUCGUAAAGUAUGCCAAUAAUGAUAUCUGCGAGUAUAUGAGAUCUCCGGAAGACGGCGGCCCACUGCCACAAUACAAUGAAGACAAAGCGAGGAAGCUUUGCGGGAAAGCUUACAGUGCGUUUGGAGAUUUGGUUCACCCGAUGGCUACUAGAGAGUUCAAGGAUACGUAUAUAAAUGCGUGCCCAGGUCAAAGCGAACCGUACGAAUGCAACCAGGCCGGGAAAGCGCGAUUUCGAUGCGCUUGGAAGUGUGACGGUGCGUUUAAACAACUCGUAGACAUCCUCACGGCUGCCGGUAUACAAUAAUGGAGAAUUUGCACACACAAAUUGUAUUCCUUCAUUUGAAAGUGCCUAAUGAGCUGAGUUUGCAUAGAGUCCCUUUAUACUGAGAGUCAAGACAAUGUGAAUCCAUUUCUGAUUGGUUCCC